GAAAUUAACAUGCCAGCUAGUCAUCACAUGGGCAUGGGACUUGCGUAACAUUGCUACCUUCGACCGUGUGGUGCCAGCGCGCACGGAGCGGGGUUAACCCACGUGUCUCCCUUCAGUCUACAGACUGGAGUAUCUAUGAAAUCAGAACAUGACGCCUUUGUACAUCUUAUCAAAUUUUGCGAAUCAUUGUGUUCCCGUGCUCCUGAAUUGCACGGGAUUUCCCCCCCCCCUAUGUUCGUUGGCGUCUUCUGGUGUAAUUAGAUCAGCCGCAGCUACAAGAAUCAGCCAACUAGUCCCUUCAGAUCAAUUCAAACUCCACUUUGCAUAAAUAAGGCAGCAAGCUUCGGUCGGGGCUCAAUCACCAAUAUCUCUGUGCCAGUGAUAAUGACGGACUUUGAACCUGCGUUCUGCCAACUAGUCUAUCGAUGCCAUAGGGCUCGUAGAACCAGCAAGGGUGGAGAGGCAGAAUUUAUUCGUUCCGUUCUGCACGAAGUGGGGGAAUUCAUCAACCGAAUAUUCCCUGGAACAAGCUUCAUUGAUAUAUGUAAGAUAUUAGCUCCAGCCGUUAUUGGAGGGUUAUUGGGACCAAGAAGAGAACGUCUGAUAGCCAAUAUUCUUCCAACGGAUAUAUCGGCGGAGAAGCUAAGCAUGUUAAUAAGCAUCUCUAUGCUGAUAAUCGGAAUCGUUUCUGCUAUGUGGAAAGCCAAAGGGCAUCUGUUGACGGACAAUUUGGAACCUGUCCUCGCUGAGAACCCAACUCUUGCUGCUUUAUGGGAUAUCGCCAAAGAUGUCGGUGGAAACAUGCCGAACUUGCUUGCCCAGAUUGCCCCCGGUGUUAUCGCGGCUCUCGCGGGAUCUCGGCCAUGGUUAGCCAUAUCACUCGCAACUUUUGUGUUCACGCUUGAGAGAGCUUUGAAUGCCCCCCGGGGAGAAUAAGAAUAAGAAUGAUAACCGGAGAAGCGCUACGAUCCCAGCAGCGGAACAUCCAAAUGUAAGGAACGAUUGAAAUAAUAAUAAUGUUUCCUGUUGUUCCAUCAUCCCUUCACAC